GCCAUUUCCAGCCUGCAUGACUCUUGUUGCGCUUUAAAAUCCCUUCAUAAUCAGAGAGAGCGCAGACACCACAGCAUUCAAACCGAGAGAUCUAUACGAUAAUCAUGGCGCAGUCUAACCUCCUCAUCUUCGGCGCGACCGGCAACAUCGGCCUGUACAUCACCAAAGCCAUCGUGCAAGCCAAGGAAUCCUUCGGCCGUAUCUCCAUCUUCACCAGCGCGUCGACUCUCGACUCGAAACAGGGCCUGAUCGACGACUUGAAACAACAAGGCGUGCAUGUCAUUGUCGGCGACGUGACCAAUCCUGAGGACGUGCGCAAGGCGUACACCGACAUCGACACCGUCAUCUCCGCCCUCGGCCGCGACGCCAUCGCCGCCCAAAUCCCCCUCCUCCAAAUCGCCAGCGACACGCCACACAUCCGACGCUUCCUGCCCUCCGAAUACGGCACCGACAUCGAGUACGGCCCCGCGUCGAAGGACGAGAAGCCGCACCAGCAGAAACUGAAAGUGCGCGCGGCGCUACACGCCGUCCGCGACUCGCUCGAGUACGCGUAUGUCGUGACCGGGCCGUACGCUGACUUUCCGUUCUAUCUGGGGCCGUCGAAGAGUGCGCCCCGGGCUGGGUCGUUUGAUGUUGGGCUGAAGAAGGCGGUGUUGUUGGGGGAUGGGGAGGGGAGGGUUAGUUUGAGUGGGUGUGCGGAUGUUGGGAAAUUCGUCGUUCAUACCCUCACGCACUGGGAUGCGGCGCGGAACCGGGCCCUGAAGCUGAAUUCGUUUACCACGACGCCGGCGGACAUUUUGGCCGAGUUCGAGAGACAGACGGGGAGCUCGUGGACGGUCGAAUAUACGCCCUUGGAAGAGCUGCGGCAGUUGGAGAAGCAGGCUUGGGAGACAGAGGAUCCGUCGGCGACGAUUUAUACGCUGCGGAGGAUCUGGACCGAGGGCGGCACGUUGUAUGAUCGUCGCGAUAAUGGCGAUAUUGGGGCUGACGAGACGGUGUCGUUGCAGGAGUUGGUGAGGGAUGCGAUUCGGCAGCAGACUGGUGUGUGAUGAGACUGGGGUGUGAUGGCGUAGGAGAAAUGAUGCCAGUUAGUGGAAGAUGAUAAAUGAUCCUCGGCAGACAAUCAGCCUCGGUUCUCCGCAUCCCCGCAUCCGCUAUUUCAAUCCACUCAUCCCUUUCUUCAUUUCCUUCCCUU